AUGUCCUGUCUUCACGAACUCGUUCAUCGACAGCGACUAGGACCAUGGCAAAAAUUCCGGGCCCAGCCUUACGUCUUCCUCGCACGAAUGCUUUACAGUUGGCAUAAACCUAUUCCAGCUAUGCCUCUCACAAGUCCUAUUGCGAUUGUCUGUAUCUCCGAUACUCAUAACACCCAAACCGGAGUUCCGGAUGGAGAUAUCCUUAUACAUGCUGGUGAUCUCACACAAUCUGGGUCUUUCCAGGAACUCCAGGACGCACUCGACUGGCUACGCGCCCUGCCUCAUCCCAUCAAAAUCGUAAUUGCUGGCAAUCAUGAGCUAUUACUUGAUUCAGCAUGGGAUGAUUCAUCAGGUCGAGCAGCCUCUGGGCGGGCUCAGCUCGACUGGGGCGAUAUCACCUACCGGAAAAAUGAGAACACGGAAUCAGCUAAUGCUGAUUGUCGGUUCGACUGUCGGCCCCGAACCGACCCAGAAUUUCACCUUCGUGCUCGGCAGCUCAUGGCCACGUCCCCGACUUCGUCGCUUGAGAGCGCGACAAAGAGCACAUGGCGCCCUGACUUACACCCUCCUAGCUUGUGCUGA